UCCUCUCUCUUAUUAAAACUCUUCCCCCUCUCUCUCGUUAUAGGUCCUCUCUCUCUCUCUCCCCUUUUCCCAUACGUUCCUUACCGUGGGCUCUCUCUCUUAUGAAAUUCUGGUCCGUCUUUCUCUCCACUUUUCCAUUACUUUCCUUACCGUGGUCUCUCUCUUAUAAAACUCUCCACUUCACUCUUGUUAUUUCCUUCUCUCUCCACUUUUCUCUCUUGUUAUAGUUCCUUCUCUUAUGGCUCUUCGAGCACUGGCGGCGAUGCCCCCUCUGAAGCUUCUUCUUCUAAUGCCUCUUAUUCUCUAGAAGGCCCAAGAGUUUACUUUUUGCCCUACAAGAAUUGAUUUGUUUCUUUCCCCUCUAAUUCACACUCCAUGAAUUCUUUGUUGGCUGUUUAUUCUAUAAUCUUCUGAAUCAUUUUCUCUGUUCAAUUGCGAUCCUAUGUUUGGGUCAAUGAAAUGACAUCCUAAAUCUGAGAAACUCAUUUUAGGGUCGAGGGGUCCCAGCAAGAAAAGUUUUCCAUCUUUUAACCUCGACUGUAUAAAUGGCUUCUCAUCUCUAUACUUAUGAUAUUUGUAUGAAAUGGAUAUUUCUUCGGUUUGUUUUUAUUAUGCGGCCUUCCUUUUUUGGCAAUGAGGUCGAGUGGCUUUCUGGUGUGGCAUUGUGGUGGAAAGAAGUGGAGGAGUCUGGCCCCAACGAAGACAUGGAUGGAAACGUUGGCAUUUUGUAUAAUGCAUCCCUCCAUCCGAAUGAAGGUGCAUCAAAGUACUUCAAUUACUUUAAUAGUGACAUACUUUUUUAUCUGAAAAGGGAAGAUAAUACCUUGUUCUCUGAGCCCAAUGGAGAAUUUUUCCUGGACAAGGACUGUGUCUUGCUAUCUGAGAACAUGUGGUUGAAGUUAUUGAAAUGGCAUAAAGCAUCAAAAGUGACAGCAAGGAAUGCAGGAUUCCGUUCUAUGGCAGAUGAUGCUACCUUUGAUGUUUAUCCCUUGCAACUCCGUCUGUCUGCUAUCCGAGAAGCAAAUCUAAUGACUGCUAAAAUAAGUAAAAAGGAUAAUGCUGUAUAUUACAAGGCGGCCUCCACGAUUUUUAAUUUGGCAGAUGAACCUGUAUGUUUCUUCUUUUUAAAUUCAAUUUCUUCCUUGUUUCUUGUGUGCUUUAGACUUUGCCGUUGGCUUUAUGCUUAUGUCUUGGUUCUGGAACAUAUGCGAAUAUGAGAUUAUUCUGGGCAAGCAUAUAUGUUUUUCAACAAUGAGGGAGAUGAGGUGCCUAUGCAUUCUUCACGACAGAUGGAUCAAGAGCCAAUUGGUGGAGCCAACAUGGGUGUAGUUCUCCAAAUUUACAAAAUUUGGCCGUUCGAAUCUUAAACCUAACCUCUUCUUCAUCCGAUUGUACGCGCAAUUAGAGUACUUUUGAAGGGAUUCAUACAAAGAAAAGGAACAUGCUUGAAUCAAAGAGGCUUAAUGACCUAGUCUGUGUCAAGUAUAAUCAAUGCUUGAAGGACAGGUUCGCUAAGAGAAACCCUAUCAGAUCAAGAAGUAUGGACAAUGUUACGGAGUGGUUAAUUGAUGAUGAUGAGGUCGAGGGGCAAGAAGGAUUGGCAUAGGACAUGGUCAUGGAUGCUUCAGGGACAUCAACUGACCCGUCUAGGGCCACUAGGUCUUCUGCACAGAGACCAAGGGUGGAGAAAGAGGAGGAAGAAGAGGCAGAUUCAGAAGAAAAGAAGGAGAAUGAGGACGACCAAUAUAUCGAGGCGGGUGACGACUCCGAGGAAUAUGAUGCCAAUGCAGCUAAUCCUUAUUUUUCUAAUGAUGGAUGAAUGUUGAAAUUUGAAUCUAGAAUGUGGAACAAUUAUUAAACGUUGAAGUUUGAACUUUAAAUCUUUGUGGUUUGUGGAACAAUUGUGGUUUAUGGAUGGUGGAUUUGUAGUUCCACUGGUUUAAUUUGGUAAUUUGGUUUGUUGUUGUUGUUGGUAAAUUUUAAGUUUUCCAUUUGGUAUUUUAGUUGGUUCAUUGGUUGGUACUUGGUAAGUUGGUAAAUUUUAAGUUUUAAUUUGGUAAUUGAUAGUAUAAUUUGAAUUAUGAUGUGUAAAUUACUAAUUUUCAUUUUUUAUACAAUAUCUUAACUGUUUAUACUGAUAGAAUCCUUACUGGAUUGAACUGGGCCGCCCAGGUUCUGAGUACCCGCCUAGCGCUUUUUGAUACACUGGUUCUGCUGUUU